AUGUAUGCUGGCAAAGCCAACCAGCCAGGUAAUUUACGGGUGCUGUCUCUGGAUGAAGUCAGCCCCGAGAGAAGAGCAAGGAACCGACGUGCCAAUCGCUUGCCAGCAUUGCUCUUGGCUCGGGAAAUGGAGGGAAACAUUGGGUUCGGCCGAAUGAGACGGUAUGAGAAUUUCCAAAAUGAGUUUCAAAAAUGCCAUGAAGACGGCCUGUCACUCAUUGCCGAGUUCACCAACUGUGCGGGAGACAUUUCCGCCUUGUCUUGGGUGCCUGAUGGUAAUAUUAUAUGUGGUACCACGGCACAUUCGGAUGCACAUAACCAGCAGUACAACAAGCCAGGAAAUCUACUACUCUGCUCCACAGAGGGAGGUACGCUGCGCGCCUUUCCGGACCAUCGAAUACCACGGCCAGUUGUGGAAAAGGGAGAGAAUUCGACGGAAGCCAUGCGCCAGAGCCAAGACCCGUGGCUGUACUCGUCUGUCGUGUCGACAGACUACGACGAGAAGAAUGGUCGAGCCUUCACCUCGAGCUUUGACAAAACCGUCAAGGUGUGGAGCGUAGCUGAAGAUGGAACUUCCAUGGAGGCCAUUGCAACUUGGCACCACCAAGGCAACGUCAAUUUCGUUGUUGCCGCCAAGGACGGGUCCGGACGAGUGGCUACUGCUGCAGAUGUCCCUACCCAAGCAAUUCGCAUUUAUAAUGUUGAUCCGAACAACGUACAAGACAGUAAUUACUACACCAUAUCUUGCACUCGAACCGACGCUGAUGGAUCAGACAAAUGGGCUUAUUGCCCUGCUACUAUGCAAUGGGGACAAACACCUGGAACGCACCAUCUGCUGGCCAUUGGCUACUCCCCUCGCAGCUUUACCGGCGACGACGCCGAUAUUCCAGUGGACAAGAUUCACAGUGGCGAGAUUGUACUUUGGGACGCCGAGCGACGAUGCCGAGUUCCUGUUCUGACCGUCACAACGGCCAACGUUUUCGAAAUCGUGUGGCAUCCCACCCUUCCCGUUUUCAUCGUUGCUACCUCGCCGUCUGGACUCAUUACCGAGCACGGCGUGCGCACACAUGUCCACAUCUUUCAACUGGACAGGGACCGCGAGGAUGGUGCGUACAGCGAGUAUCAAAAACUCGAUUGCUACGCCUCUGAUAUCAACGAGCUCACCAUUAUGCCAAAUUCUUUGUGCCACUCCUAUAUCUCAGCUGCCUGUACAGAUGGACGCGUCUACAUCUGGGACACGGCACAGGGCGAUCGACCCAUCCACAUCCUCAAGCACGGGGAACCCCUGGGCGCCGUCAUCUGCGACCGAGAAAAGGAAGACGAAGGCGUCAAGUUUACCGCCUGGGGAACAACACCAGACCGCUUCUACACAGGCUCAAGUGAUGGCAUCGUCAAAGUGUGGAACGUGCGACGGAAGCGCCGUCCGUUUGUAAGGAAUCUCCUCGAGGCACCCGGCCCCAUAACGUGCGGCGUCUUUUCGCCAAACCACAACAAGCUCGUCGUCGGCGACGCAACAGGCCGCGUCUUCGUCUUCUCCGUAGAUGACCGAGACGAGAUGGACCCGCACUUCAUCACAAUCCCAGGCACGAAUCGCCGCGUUCGCCGUCCAAAGCCGUUCAUCCCCCACCCAGAACCCGAACCUCCAACGACGUCCUCCCCCUUCCCCGCUUCCACUCCAUCAGAUGUUUCCAUUGCUCAGUACUCGCGAGACCGAUACCUGUCUUCAAAUAGUCUCAUCCUCCAUCCAAACCCGGUCAUCGGCGCCGUCCAAGGCCCCGCGUACCACUCCACAGGACUCUUCCGCCUCGACGCCCACGCCUACUUUGACCCGCAGGGCCCUUUGCUCCCCGAAUUCGAGAGGAAUCAACGCGCAGCGAUGCAGGCCAGUCUCGGUCCUGAAACAAGGUCUAUCCGCAGGUUGAAAGAACCUCCUGUGCAAACGUGGGUUGAAAAAUCGCUUCAUGAUGAGAACGUGGCCAAGGAUUUUGACUCGCGUUCCUUGGACAACUGGUCCUUUUGCCAGUUGGUCAAUCUUGGAGUCCGCUUGAAUAUGGAUGGACAUGAAGGGUGGGAGUUUGUGUACGAAGAGAUGCCUGUGGACACGGAUUGA